CGAGAAAUUUCGUAUACGACCGCAAUUCAAAAAAAACUCGGCACUCCUUCCGUAUACGAGUGUUUCGAUUCAAACCCAUCGGAAGCAACACCARCAAGAAACCCCAGAAACGCGACACACYCGGUCGCAAAAGAGAAACUUUCACACGCCCGUCCCCAUAGCCUACCAUGAGCACCAGCAACAAAAGCAGCAGCAAAAGCAGCAGCCGCAUCGCCAGGGGCACCGCCCUCGCUUCGAUCGCUCUCGCGGCCCUCUCCCCCAAUGCCUCCGGCUUUUCCCCUUCCCUCGCCUCCUUCCCGCGGACCACAAGCCCGCUUCGAAGCAUGUCGAUGGAGAACGACUCGCCCUCCGACACCCCCCUCGAAAACGACGACGUGGUCACGGUGGACGUGGAGAGCGCCGAGAGCCUCGAAACCGUCGACAAGGCCCUCGGAAGCGAGACCGAGACCCCGGGGGCUCUCGUGAGCCGAAUCGUGGACCUCCUCCCCUCCACCGUCGGCCUUUCCCCCUCCGAGGAGAACCGUUCGGCCAUCAACGAGGCCCUCCUGGGCCUCGAGGCCCUCAACCCGACGCCCGAGCCCGCCACCUCGGCCCUCCUCAACGGCGUAUGGGAGCURGCCUACGCCGGCCUGUAUUCCUCGGCCGGGGCCCUGGACUCGCCCACGCGGCAGGCGGCCCUCUUUCUCUACUCGGGGGGCUACAGCCCGGGCCUCUUUUGCCUGCAGCUCGCCAAGCAGCUCCCAAGGGGCCUGGUCGAGGUCACCGGCCCCCUGGACAUUUCCAUCAGCCGGGCGGCCCCCCGGGUCGAGGCCUCGGUCUCCGUCAAGACCCUCCUGGGGGGGACCUCCACCGUCAGGGUCAAGUCGGACCUGGGGGUCGUCUCGGGCGUCCGCCUGAAGGAGACCUACGAGAGCGCCGAGGUCCUARGCAGGGGCUUUGUGGACCUGCCGGGAGUCCUGCAGUACUCGAGGGAGAUCUACGUCACCUACCUCGACGAGGACCUCAUGAUCGUCCGGGACGGGAGCGGCGUCCCGGAGCUCCUGGUCCGCAAGGAAAAGUCCUUCACGAGGGUCUGGGGGGACGAGCCGACGACCGUCGACGACGAGCUGGCCCCGGGGGAGGAGGACGCCGACGAGGCUUCGGUCCUGUAGCAAGCCCUGCGCAGCGCAGCUGGCAGUG